AUGUCACGUCUUGAGCGAGUGUAUCUUGCAAAUGUUGUUCUAUAUUUCAAAAGCUUCUCAGAUGUCAAACGCUUUAAAUUGGUCAACAAGAAGUGUUACGAUUCGGUAGAGAUGCUUCACAUCUAUUCAUGCAAGUCGAUCCAUUCCACAAAAACAAAGCCAAGUGAUUCAAUACAAAAAAAGAGUUUUGAUGAAUGGGUCAACUCUUUUAUUCCAGAAGACUUAUUUGAAGUCCAACCAAACACAGAGACCAUCACACUGUCUGCAAUCGAUCAAUGUGUCCACUCACAGUCAGUCAUAAAAAAAGUGAAGAGAAGUAUUGCGCUCGAUGGUGCAAUUUGU